UGGUAGUGUUUCUACAAAUCACAGAGACUACGGUAUUCGCUAUACCCCUUUGAGUCCGAAAUUGAAAAAUUGCUGGGCGUAAGCCUUGCCCUGGUCAAUUGGUUCAAUCCGUUACAACCUAUACCAGCAGAUUGGGCAAUAAAGCUACAUUGAUUAUUUGAAAUGUUUCUCGAAUAAUCGAAACCGGCGGCCGAGUUCUCUCAAUGUAUCAUGCUAGACGAAUACUUCGAAAAUCCCAGGUAACAUUCCGGAUAAGUCAACCAUUACCUCGGGAUUCAAGCUCGGUCACUAUUCGUCAACUACAGGUUAAACGCCCGUGGGCCAGGAGAUUCAUAGCUACCUUUUUCUUGUGCGGGACAGCGCUUCAUUUGUUAACUUCACUCGCUGUCUUGCGGUUUGAUGAGUCACUCUAUGAUACUGAUCAGUCACCGGAGAAUUUGCCAGGGCUCGAUGCCUCAUCCAGAACUGGGAAGUUUGACCCGGACGAAUAUGUUCCUCCCCAAUCAGAACAUGCCGCUACUAUACAAACCCGCUUCCUUCCCCUGGGCUGGCCUCGCUUACACGAAGGAAACUUUUAUGCAGCGACAGACCCUGAGUGGCAAGCGUUUAGGAAACUAGCCCUUGACAAGAACAAGCUCUCGGGUUUGAAAGAGGAGUUAAUUUCGGCUGUUUUGGAUGCCUCAUCCCAAACACGACUACUUGAUUAUAUGCUGGGGGGUCCACUGUCUGUCGCAGGAGCUUGGCUAGAACACCGAUUUCCGUACCGUGCACCCCCUGUAUACUAUCGGCCUGGACUAGAACUAUCUCAGAAUGGUCUCGCCUGGGUUUCGAAGCCAAUGCCCGCAGAAGACGGCGACUGCCUGCACAGAUGCAUGAGGCCUUUAUUAGUGGCACACGCAAUUAAGGAUGCUUUUUGGGUUCUGUGGAGCAGACAGAUCUCCCGACUUAGCCCAGGCUUGAUGGAUGAGCAGAUGUCUGGGUCUUUUAUUUCUUUAGAUGCAAAUUUAUUGCACUCAGUAUUGCAAGGGUCGGAUGGAGUUGACGACGUUUCUCGAUUUGUGUCACAGCCGCCUCCCCAGAACAUCCAAGACGGCAGCCCGUCAACCAGGGACUGCUCCCGUCCACAUACUUCAUUGUGCAUUACUACGUUGCAAAAAUUACCGCUGCCAAACCUUGGGCCUGGUUCCGAUCUACGUAUGGCGCUGCUGGCUUUCAAGUGGCGAUUAAAUCACUGCUGGGCUCGCAAUGCGCACACAUCUCGUCGCGGUGUCAUGUACGUUUCUGGUCCUGUUGGUAUACGAGGCCCUAGAGGGUUGUGCAGAGUGGAGGUGAAGGGGGAGUAUGAUGUUGUGAGGUCUCAAUGGACUGCUAUCUCCAUGGAUAUUAGAGAUCUUAAUCUGUUCAGUCAAAGGGCACUUGGUCCCCGUUAGCAAACCUAAUGUCCAUUGGCUGUAACUCAACUGGCUUGUGUAGACCACCGAUCCCCAAGCGUACCAGUCAGCCUCAAUAUCCUCUUAAACUUUACCCCCUCAAAGCAUUGUGAGAUACCAGCGAGGGACAUGGUUUGGUGUGUUUGUCAGUCGGUCUCCUACAGAUUAAUUUAGGUUCAUGAAAUCCUUUCGGAGACCACAAACGGAGGGUUCGGCUUGAAAACGGUUUAUAUGAUGCGGGCAUAAAACGGACAGUACGGCGUCUCAAUAUGGACGUGUAUACUUUUCUUCUACCUUGCCGAAGUCCGUGCUGCCAGCCAAACUACGUACCACCACUUCAGAUUCUUGCUAAAUAUGUAGGGCGACUCGAUUGCUACUUAUUUGUUAUUGG